CUUCGGAACCCACCGGUUCGGAUUCGAAGAUGCAUAAAGACCAUUCAACUGGUGUUUAUUGUCUUUAAACUGUGGACUAGGCGGACCUGUGGUCCUGCUUCGACCAGAACCCUCUCUGCUGUUGCUGCUAGCGCCAUCAGCUAACGAUUUGAUCAGAAACAGUUCCGAUGUGUUGAGUAGGUUCAUCACAUACAUCACAACACAUCAGAAUAAUUUAACUGCCGACUUUAAAGAGGCCUGGAUGAGAGGAGGACAUGAAUGGGGUGAAGCUGGAAGAGGAGCACGCAGAGGAUGGCAGUCAGCAGCUUCCGGCUGCAGGAGAGUCGGCGGUUCUGGACCCACAGAGUCUCUCCACAGCACCAGAACCUUCAUCGAAACGCAGCAAAUCAAAACGCCGUCACUUCUGCUCGCUGUGCGGCCGAGGAUUCACCGGCCCGUCCCGGCUGGCAGACCACAUGGCCGCCCACGCCGGCUUCAAGCCUCACAGCUGCUCCAUCUGUGGGAAGCGCUUCACCAAGAAGAUCAACGUGUACAUCCACCAGAGGGUCCACACCGGGGAGAAGCCGUACUCCUGCCCUCACUGCGGGGUCAGCUACUCCCAGAGAGGCUGCCUGAGGAGGCACCUGGUCCUCCACACCUCUGAGAAGCCCUACUCCUGCUCCUUCUGUGGGCGGGGCUUCAUCCAGCGGCGCUACCUGGUGCAGCACGAGCGGACUCACACUGGGGAGAAGCCGUUCGGUUGUUCGCUGUGCCCCAAGCGCUUUGCCUCCAGGAGCGGGCUCGCGGAUCACCAGUACACUCACGCUGAGCAGAAGCAGUUCUCCUGCUCCCUCUGUGAGAAGUCCUUCUCCUCCGGCUCGUCCUUCAGGGACCAUGCCCAGCUCCACACGGGUCGGAAACGACACCCCUGUUUGCUGUGCAGCCGGAGCUUCAACCGACCGGGCCUCCUGAAGAAACACCUGGAGAAACACGCCGACGGUUCUGCUGACAAGGGAGAAGUAUCUCUGCACUGCUUCCUGUGCCAGAAAGACUUCUGCUCCUCCAAGCAGCUUCAGGCUCACAAACGGCUCCUCCACACGGCGCCGCGCUACGCCUGCGACAUCUGCGGCCGCGCCUUCUCCCGCUCGUCCCGGCUGAAGGACCACAUCCGGUCCCACACCGGAGAGAGACCGUUCCAGUGCGACGUCUGCAUGAAGCGCUUCACCGUGCAGAGAGGGCUGAGGAAGCACCAGGAGAUCCACAGCAGGGAGGGCGGCGCCGCCACGGGCCCUGACGACGCUCCCCUGCAGCAGGAGGACCACCUGAGGACUCAGGGUGCUGCAGAGGCUCCGCCCCUAACCUCAGAGAGCACAAAGAGAGCCAAUAAGAAGAGCCACAAGGCUCACAGCUGCAGCAUCUGCUCCAAGAGCUUCCAGAAACCCUACAUGCUCCGAAAACACAUGAGGGUCCACAUCAGGGACGGGGUCAUCCCAGACCCUGCAGACAAGGAGUUCUGGCUCAACGUGAAGAACGAGGAGGACGAGGUCAGGGUGAUGAAGGUAGAGGAAGAAGAGGUCCUGUCUGACUCAGCGAACCUCUCUACCAACACCGCCGAGCCCGCCGCCCCCGAGUCCAAACCUGUGGCUGGUUACCACGACGACCAGGUGGGCGUGGCUUCUGAGAGAAGUGGAGGCGGGCGACGCGAGGAGGAGGACGUCAGCGGUUUGAUCAACUCUGAAGGAGAGGAGGAGCAAUGGAGGAGGAGAGAAGACCCGGCCGUCCCCUCAGAACCUCCGGACCCACCUGCAGCCGGCGGUUCUGGUGUGAAGAGCAAGCACAGCUGUCCGGUGUGCGGUCGAGACUGUUUCAAGGCGUCGGCGCUGCAGAAACACCUGCGGGUCCACUCGGGCGAGCGUCCCUUCCAGUGCUCCACCUGCAGGAAGGGCUUCGUGCAGCAGGCCCACCUGAAGGAGCACCAGAGGAUCCACACCGGAGAGAAGCCCUUCACCUGCAGCGUGUGCAGCAAGAGCUUCACCUUCUCCAGCGCCCUGCGCCGGCACCUGCGGGUCCACACCGACGCCCGGCCCUACCAGUGCUCCGUGUGCCACAAGUCCUUCAAGCAGCCCUGCGUGCUCAAGAACCACCAGCUGAUCCACUCCGGGGUCCGCUUCCAGUGCCCGCUGUGCAGCAAGAGCUUCAGCCGGGCCCUGGAGCUCACCUACCACGUGGACUCUCACUCCGACGCCCGGCCCUACUUCUGCCACAUCUGCCAGAAGAACCUGAGCGGCGCCAGAACCUUCUGCAAGCACAUGAAGAAGCACGAGGCCGUCACCUCGCAGCCCGGACCUGCUGAGGCUGCCGGAACCGACACCAGGACCAGCUGAGGGGACCGGGGGACUGGCUGAGGCUGCUGGAACCAGGAGACCAGGACCGGCUAAGUCCUUGAGACCUUUGACCUUUCAGCAGCCGAUCACACCAGGACCAGGAGGGUCUCAGAAACCUGUGAGGACAGACUGGAUCAGAACCAUCAGAACUACUGUGAGGUCCGUUAGUUCAGAACCACGUGACCCAGUCUGUACCGUCUGUGGCUCAGACCGGACCAGACCAGCAGUUCUCAUCAGCUUGUUGGAGGUCCGACCUGGUUCCUGUUUAGGGUCCACUUUUCCCUCCAUGUUGAUGGAUCAGAACCAGAGGGGACCACUGAGCUGGUUCUGUUCAGUAAAUCUCCUCAAGAAGCCCAGAACCAGCUCCGUUUCUGGUUCUGGGGAUCUGAAGGUCCGGAGCGUCCACCGUCUGUUUCUUUACUCCGGAGUUUGAUUUUAAUUUGACAUGAAAUCAUCAGAAGCAGCUUCUAAACCGUAACGACAGAUUUAUGAAACUUUAAAAUGAUGUCGUCUGUUUCUUUCAUCUUUAGAUCCUGGAAAUAAUCAGACGGGUCAGAACUUUUUAUUCUGGGCCCAUAAGCUGCUGGGCCCAUGAACGCCUCGUUAGAAAGGGAUGGACUGAACGCUCCUCCUCCUCCUCCUCCUCUUCCUCCGGGUAAAACCUCGGUGGGGGGGGAACCUGCCCCCCCGUUAACGAUUAAUCUGUUUUCUGAUUUAAUAAACGGUUCAAAAUAAAUCAAUCCAUCAAAAAUCUCAAAG